AUGGAUGAUUUGGCAAGUUCAUACUACACUGCUCUUUGUUCUCUGAGUGAGUACAGUGAUGCUUCAGAGGACAGAACACAAUCGCUCCCUACAGAGCAUCCUACUGAAGGUGGCUCAUUUGAGGUCUUGGAUUGUGCUACCUCUAUGGAAGGCAUAACAAGAUCGUUUAUCAAAGCCACCACGCUACCACAGGACUACAAAACACAAGAGAAAAGUAUAGAAGUGCUGCCUGAGGUGUCCCAAUGUGAGUCAAAACCUCUGCUGACAGGUACAAAUGUAGAUUUGUAUUCUGUAAAUACAGCCUUUGGAAACCCCAUACAAAAUCAGGAUACUUCAGGAGUCAUCGAGACUGUUUUUCACACUAACAUUAGAAGCGCUGAGGAGCACAGCUCUCCAGAACCCAGAUCAACUUUAAACACUAUUUUGAUAACGCCUGAGAGAAAUCAAUACGGCAAAGGAAGGGAACAGGAGCAUGGUGACACAGAGCCAAAAGAGUACCAUGCGACACAAAAGCAAAGACCCAGAGAAGGUCUGAGUGCACCUGGGGCUGAAUGCAGGCUUGAAAGAGAGGGACAUGUUCUGGGUCAUGUGGGAAAUGAGGGGCAGGGGGAGGGUAGAGAGGUGAGUUGCAGAAAGGAGCAGGCUGAGCUGUCAGUCAGGUCUAGAAAUAGAAAAGCGUCUGCAAACUGCAUCUCAACACUCACAGCCAGCAAGCUGGAGUCAAGAAUCCCGCCACACUGUUAUUCAGAGUGUAUCCCCGCAACCAGGCACCAACACCAGCUACAGAGUCUCGCAGAUACCCGGAGUCUGGAAAAGCAGAGCCGGCAAGGCGUCUGGCAGUCCAGACCACUCUCCCGCACGCUGUGUAGCAGCUCCUGGCAACCCUGUCACUCUACAGACAAUACCAGAGGAUCAACCAGCAUGGGAACAAAGCUUGCUGAGGCCAGUUGUAAGGUUGUUAACCUUGCCCAGAUGCAUUCAAAGACUCAAAACACAUCUGUUUGCUCAGAGUCCAGCAGCUUUGAGUGUGUUGAUGUGGCGUUGGAAACUACAGAUGAAGUAAAGCGAGGCUUAAAGACCGUUCCCAAAAGACAAAUCCAGCUGAAGAGACGGGACACAGCAGAGUCGCACGUCAGAGAGAACAACAAUCAACCCCUUCAGUUUCCAAACACAACUGUGCGUGCUCGAGACAUAUUUCAGCGUCAGCAUAGCACCCCGGCAGCAUUUAACCAGGAGUCCCACAUGGCGGAUCAAAAGUCAGUACAGGCAGAACGAAAGAAAAAGCUUCAGAAGUCAUUUUCCCUGGAUGAAACGUCCAGCAAAACACAAAUGGCUUCCUGCAUCAUAACGAGUGUCCUAUCAAAAAAGAUGCAACAUGAAGAAAGUCUUCGCACCUUGGAUGUGUCUGAUAAAGCUUUUGCAUCCACCAAAGUGAACAAUAGGACUACUACGACUGAUGAAUGCCUGUAUUUGUCUGGCAAGGAUGUAUAUAAUGAACCUACCAAACUAACUCAAAGUGCUACACUUACGUGGGAGGCCCAAACAGAGUGCAGCUCUGUUCAAAAGCAUUGCAGUGUUAAUUCUAAAACACAACCUAAACUGAUAAGCAAACAUGGGUUAAAUUCUCUUUUAAGUGGAACUGGCAGGUCUGAAGUUCAAGGUAGUGGUACUGAAAUAGACCCUUCAGAGAAUGAGAAAGCAGAGAAGCUAAGCCUAAGAGAGGAGGCGUUGCGACGGCCUAACCUGAGCCCUGGAGUGAAGCUAUCCUGUGACUCAGCAAAGAGUAGAGCGUGGAACUGGAGUGCAGCAUCAAAUGUAGCCCUCAGCACACCGGCCUCUGUGAAAACCACACCUGAAGAAUGCCAUACAGAGCAGCGAAUACAUAAACAACACAAUAUGACCCUAACCAAUGUGCUGGAAAAGCAGGAGCAACAGGCUGGCAGCAUGGAAAGUACACUCAGUCCUACAAAUAUCGCAUGCCUAAUCUCUGAUAUGGAGGCAAAUGCAGUGGAUAAUACAAUCCCCGAGUUGAUGAGGGUGGGGUUGGGAAGAAACAAGAGAGUGGCAGAGAGGACCUCAGGUCACCAGGACAGUUUGGAAGCCUAGGUAUGCAAGGCCA